AUGAAAGUUCCCGAAGUAGGGGCUGAAGCCCAGAUGGUUGAGGAUACUGUGCAUGACGAUGCUCCAGCAAUUCCCCGCUACUCCAGAUUCCCCAGUCUUCUCAAUUUUAUGAUUAUCCUUGUCUCUGCAAUAUCAAGCUUCCUUUUUGGAUAUGGGAACAAUUCUGCGGCGGGAUGUUUUGCCCAAGAAACAUUCAUUAAGAAAUUCCUAAGUGGAUCAAAUGCCAAUUCAAUCAUUGAUGGGAUCAAUGCAAUAUUCUUUGGUGGGGGAUUCUUGGGUACCAUACUACAAAGUUAUAUCUCCACGAAGUUCGGUCGUCGCGUUUGUGCAGAAGUAGCCGCCAUUUUAAUGAUGAUAUCGGGCAUUCUCAGUGCUUCAAGUGUAAAUCCGGGCAUGUUUAUUGCAUCCCGUGGCAUCGCAGGCAUUGCAGGAGGGUUGAUCAUGUCCAAUACACCGGUUUACAUGAGUGAGAUUGCGCCGGCCCAUACCCGUGGUCUUCUGGUGGGAAUGCAUGCAGCAUGGUUGGUCGUCGGAUACAUUGUGUGUUCGAUUGCCGCCUUGGGGUUCAACUUUGUCAAAUCGGACAUCCAAUGGCGUCUCCAGUUCAUCAUGCUGUCCUUUUUUUCUAUUGUUUGCGCUGUCUCGAUCAUUUUCAUUCCCGAAUCCCCCAGAUGGUUCGUGGAACAGGGAAGAGUUGAAGAAGCCUCAGCUAUCAUGGAACGACUUCAUCGAACCAAGUCCGAUCCAUCUUCAAGUCUGGCUCGUGCAGAGAUGGUCCAGAUUGUGGCACAAGUUGAAGCUGAAAAAGAUCUCCCUCACAGUUAUUGGUACAUCCUCAGCAACGCACAUCUUCGGAAACGAGCUUAUUGCUCUAUCUUGGUCUUUGCAAUGGUACAGUCUAGCGGCUUGUUGGUCAUCUUCAACCUUAUGCCGAUCCUAUUUGCUGCCCUGAACUUCGACGCUACCCUGCAACUUGGCCUUUCCAUUGUCUGGGUGACAGUCGCAUGCAUAGGUGCCUCUACAAAUGCUAUGAUUGUGGACCGCGUGGGACGCGUGAAGCUGCUUGGUAUUGGUGGAGUCCUGCUAAUGAUAGCCUUGUCCAUCCAAUGUGCCCUACAAAAGACCUACCUCAACUCUGACAAUAAGGCUGGCAUAAAUGCUAGCGUGGCCUUCUACUUCAUCUUCAUUGUCUUCUACAGCUUUUCAGUUGACGGUGUGGUUUACAUUUACAAUGCGGAGAUAUGGCCAAAUCAUUUGAGGAGCAAAGGUGUGACAUUUGGUCUUGGAUCGUAUUUCCUCUUCGGCAUCGCCUAUAACAGUCCUGCAGCCCUAGCCUUCGAUACUAUCGGGUGGAAGUACUAUCUCGUGUUCAUUUGCAUGACGGCUGUUUGUACACUUCUCAUAGUCCUAACAUUCCCUGAGACUAAAGGAUUAACUCUUGAAGAUAUAAAUAUGAAGUUCGGUGACAAGGUUGUGGUAGCAAUCGAUGAAUCUCGAUCUGAUGAAGAUUUCAAAUCGAAGCCCGAAGAAGCAGUAUAA